UUGGAAAACACAAGAGUGGAACAUUAUUGACUGAUCAAUAAAGGAGACCAAUACAAUAGCACUACAAUCUACAAACAACUGCUGCUCACCCACCAAAAGAGUGCUCAAGAUCUGGUGCCUUCCCUGGCCAUGGAUAUCCCGAAAUUCCUCCACCAGCAGCAAAAGCUCAAGUACGUUUCAGUUCCCAACUCUUCUCGUCCUCACUACCCCGACGACGCCAAUUUCCACAACCCUCGUUAUCAACACCGUCAUCAUCAUAUUCCUCGACCUCAGCCUCAGCCUCAGCUUCAGCCACAGCCUCAGUCUCAGCCACUGCCACCACCACCACCACGGCUCCAAACGCCUUCGUUUCAAUCCCAGCCACCGCGACCGCCACCGCCACAGUCGUCGUCUAUGGCCCAUAACCCUCAGCAGAUGCAUCCCUACAGUCCUGGACAAUCUCAAUUCGCCUUGGCUAACCUUGAUCAUGAUCGUACUUCUUUUGAAGACGACUUCCCAAGAUCAUCAUACCUUCAUCGCAAUUUCGUCGUCUCGGCUAACGUUUCUCGACAAUUACCCCUGGAAGAUGACCGCCCUAGGCAUCGGUUGCCGGAAUUUGAACCGGAAAUCCGGCUAGAAUUAUGGGAGCAACCGAGAGUUUUGGCCGAAAAUUUUCCUGAGAGGUCACACACGCCUCUGGAUUUCGACUGUGGUUCUCAAAAGUUUCAGCUCGACCACAAACCUAUGUCGCCGUAUAAUGUGAAUAGCAAAUUGAGACAUCCUUCUGAGGGUAUUUCUAGGUUUAGAGCGGAAUAUGUUGAUGGGUUUGAAUCAAAGCAUAGAGAUGAGCUUUCAAGGGGAGCAGAAGAGGAUAACUAUUCUCGCCGAGGUAGCUUUUUGUCGAGCCCCGGCAUCUCUUUUCGUGAUAUGGGUUUCGCUUCUAACCCUAGUUUGUCAGUGAGGGAUAUGGACUCGGAUUUGGAGAGUUAUAAUCCCCGGUACGGCUCUUCUUAUAAUAAUGAUUUAUACAGGAGUGGUAGUAGAAGAGAGGGUGUUUAUCAUGACAACCAAAGAAGGGUUCAUGAUCGAAAAUUUUCCAGAGAAUCCCAUAAUUCCUCGUUUGAGAGGGGAAAUUCUGAGGUUAGUAAUGGUGAUGGGGCUCAUAUUGGUUCUGUGAAACGUGAGUAUUUUGGUCCAGAAUUGGGAAGGUACAGUAGUAGGGGAAGCAGGGAGGAUGCCCAUGAAUUUAAUCGUACUCCGAGGAAGCAGUUACAGAAGAAGAGUGCUUUACUUCGUCUUCAAAAAGGAAAGUCUAAUCACAGGAAUGUGGAGAAUGAGCAAUUGCAUUACGCUGGUUAUCAUGAUAAUUCCAACUCCAGUUCUUUCAGACGCAAAGAUCAAUAUGUGUAUGAAGAAGAGGAAAGAGAGGGAAGCCCUGUAGAGCUUGACGUUUCUUUUAAAUCUAAUUCACUGGUAGCUAAGGCAAUUGUGGCGCCAUCGAGCUCGUCUGAUGUUACUGGUGCGGAUUUGACCUGUAAAGGUGUGAAAUUUAGGAAAGAUUCUUUGUCUGACAAAGGUUGUUCAAAUCCAGGGCCGAGUAAACUCGAUGAUAAUACUGCAAAUGUGGAUGUCUCCAUGCAUGUUGGGAACGAUAAAUCUUCUCACGAGAAGGACACGACACAGUCAGAAGGAGUGGUUUCUUCUGGUGUUAUGAAUACGUGUGAUACUAGUACCCAGGCUCAUUUGAGUGUGACCAAUCAGUCGGAUAAGAAGACUGAAGUGAAAAAGUCUUCCGAGUGUGCUGAAAUUAAUAAUAAAAAUGAUACUAAAGUUGGUUCUGAUAAUGUCUCUCUCAAGGUUGCUAAGAAGAAAAAAGUGGUGAGGAAAAUUAUAAAAAAGGUUGUACGCCCUCGUCCACAUGUGAAUUCACAACAAAAGAGAAAGCGUGAUGAACUUGUGAAAGCAGAUGCGUGCGUUCCUACUCCAUCUGAAGCCUCUGGAACACACAAGGGUGUGUCAUUCUCUUGUCCUUGCCCCAAUGAAGUUAAAAUGGUGCAUGAAGGGAAAAAAGUAGAAGGGUUUGCUGCGGCCAUAGAGUCAGAGGAACAUGGCAUUUGUGUCGAUUCUAGUAGGAAAUGCAUAGACAAUAUAGACAAAAUUGGCAACAGCUUAGGUGCUUUCUCGAGGUCUUCAAGUUCUGAAGAAAUCAUGAUUGACAAAGGUCCAGAGUUAUCAGUCCAGGGCAUGCCUACCAUAUCAAAUAAUAACAAGGAUUUAGUUAGAUCACUCGGUGUAAGUACUAUUGCUAUUCCUGAAAUUGCUUAUGUGGGAAAUACUAAAGAGUCCCAUCCAAGUGGAGAUUCAUUAUUAUUUGACGGUGCAUUAGAAAAGGACUCAAUACCAGUCACGUUGCCUGUUGGAGGCGAUGGUGAUUCUUCUCUAUUAAAUCCAGGGGAAAUCAAAAUGCACAACAAUCUUAUGAAUACAUAUUGUUGCAACAGUAGAACAUCGGAUGUUGUCAGUGGCCUAACAUUGUCAAAAGAGGAAAGCAGAGUUUGUGGUGUUGGGACUAAUGAUGUUUUGAGCAAGCUACCUUGUAGCAUUCAGGUCACUACAUUGCAUGAUAAUAGUGUCCAAAAAGAGGUUUCAAAUGCUACUUGGUCAGCCGAAAGCUGUGCAAAAGUUGGUUUGUCAGGUUUAGGGGAGACCACCAUGGAUGUAGACAGCAGCUUACACAUUGAUAAAACUACCUCUCUGGGGGACAACAUCAGAAAUUGUGAAAAGAACACUACCAUUUCCAGCAGUUGCACUGUUGACCACAUGCAACCAUAUACAGAUGGUGCCGCUGAAUUGUCUGAAAAUGGUGCCAUGAAAAACUUUCCUAAGACCAAAAUAUCAUUUGAAAAUAAUAAAGGAGAUAAACCUUUGACCAGUAAGAAGAGAACAGUUAGAAGUCAAUUGGAUUUUUCAAAUACAACUGACACUGCUUUGGAUACUGUUAAUGUUUCUAACCCUACUGCUACUGUAGAUACAAUGUUAAGUUUUUCUGCUGACAAUCAAAAUAAUGUUGUUGUUUCUUGUAUGGGGAAUUUGGAUGUUGCCUUACCACCAGGUGAAGACCAAGCCGUUGUUCUGCAUCAAAAUAGUUCAUCUGAUGGGAUAUUUGAUUCUAACUUGAUAGCUAGAGAUAAUGUAAAAUAUGAUAUUCACUUUACUUCUCCACAUAAUAGAAAGAAGAGAAAAGUUCUGGACUCUCAUCUGGCAAUGCCUAGUCGAGCUACUUCAGAGACCGAUGAACAGCCCUCGCCUGCAUCUUGUGCGGUAUCAUUUACUUCAAAUGAGGUUUCAAUGCAACAAAACACAGAUUUGAACAGAUCUAUUGUAGAUACUUCAUCUGCUGCAACGAAUUUGAUGCAUAGUGAAAAUGGGAUCACUGAGUUGUCGGAAGGAUUUUCUGACACUGUGGUUGCUGUAAGAAGUUUCUUUAAUGACACUUUGAAAUCUGAAAGCCAACUUGGCUGUGGUCUAAUUUUUGAGAAGUCAAUAAUUCCAACUGUGGAACUGCUUUGUCCAGAAGGAUCAAGGCAUGAACAGAAAAAUGUUGAUGCUGCAGUAAUGGUUGCGGAGGAUCAACAUGCUGAGGCUUUUAAUAUGGAAAGUAGAAGAGAAGAAUUGUUGGGUGUGUCUGCGUCUAGAGGGCAAGUUAUUGCUCAAGAAGAGACUCCUCAUUGCACAAUUCCUUCAGUUGUCCAGGAUCUAGAUAUAGAUCAGAGAUUUUCUUUUACAGAUAUGGAAUCUGAUAAUCUUCUUGUGGAGGAUGAAUUAUCCAGUUUGUCAAAUUCUCUCUCUUUGCCUGUUGAUCAAAAUGGAGUGUCCACUGUUACCUCCAGUGAUGAAGCUAUGGAGUUUGUGCCUGAUGCACUAAGAAACAUUGGUUCUCAACAAUCCUCGUUUACUGCAUCCAAUGUACACAUAUCAGAUGCCACGUCUGGCAGCCAAAUAUCUAAUGAAACUUGUAGGGAAGAUGGAAAGCUGGUAAGAAAGUUUGUGGAUACAGAUGGUUCUAACGUAACUACUGAAAAAUCACUUUUUCAGUGUACUGAUGCUAAUCUAAAGUCAGAUUGUGCAACUGAAAGGGACCAAGCAAUUGAGGAGAAGUCAAUAUCUUUGCCUUUGCAAGAUUCUAGAAGUUUUCCUAAAGGUGUGAAUGUCAAUAGUGCUGAUAGCUACAAUGGGCAGAAGAACCAGCUGGGUAAUGCCACUCCUAGAAUCUUUCUCGGUCAUACAUCUUUUGCCUUCACCAGCACAAAAAAGAAAGCCACAUCAAGCCAUGCCAACCCACGAACUUGGCAUCGAAAUAGCGUUUCUUCUGCAUCUCCUCCUGGAAGUAAGCCUUUCUCAAGGACUGAUCCUUCUCGAUCGCAGUUAUCAGAUAGAGAUGGAAAGAUUCAAAGUACUUCUUAUGUACGAAAAGGCAAUAGCCUUGUUCGUAAGCCUUCGCAAGCUGCUGCUUUACCUCAGCGUUCUCCUGGUUUUAGCCUUGUUCAUCGGUUGAACUCACCUGGUUUAGAUGAAUCAAAGAGUAGCAUUGAAAGAGUUGGUGCUGGGAUGUCAAAUGGUAUCUUGAGGAAGGGGGAAACAAAGGCUUCUUGUAAAAAGUCCAGAACAUCAUUAGUACAUAGUGGGACUGAAUUGCCUAAUGUCCCUAUAUCAUCAAGGGAUUGUACAUCUUCCCCAUCAGCAGGGCCCCAUCUUAAUGGUUGCAUUGAAUCUACAUCAGAUCCUAUAAGUUCAACAGAGAACUUUGAUACAACUGAAUUUGUGAAGGAUUCACUGACUUCUGAAAGCCAAAAUGGUCUUCUUACCAGUUUGGACAACCAGUCUGAAUUAGAUGAUGGGAAUUUGGCAUCUGUAAACCCAAAGAGAGUAGUGUAUGUAAAGCGCAAAUCAAAUCAGUUGGUUGCAACUUCAGAUUCGACUGAUUUUUCUGUUCCUAAUGUUGAUAAGAUGCAAGCCUCAUCCUUUGAUGGGUACUUCAAGAGGAGAAAAAAUCAGCUCAUAAGAACUUCACUGGAAAGCCACACCAAACAGCCCAUUGUUAUGCCUGAUGACAAUUUGAGUAUGGAUGUCCAAAUAACUCUCAAAGCCAUCUCAAGCAGAAGAUUGAAUAAGAGGCGCUCACAAAAGGUUGUUGCAAAGACAUUUAAACGCUCAUCAAACUCUUUGGUCUGGACACUGUGUAACUCACAGCCAUCAAAUAAUGAUAGUGGUACAAUAAGCCAUCAGAAGGUUUAUCCUCACCUUUUCCCUUGGAAACGUACAACAUACUGGAGAAAUUUCACGCAAAACUGGAAUUCGAUUUCUAAAAGUAAUUCCUUAGCAAUCAGUGGGAAAUUGCUUUUAUCAAGAAAGCGAGAUACAGUUUACACAAGGUCAAUCAAUGGAUUUUCACUACGAAAAUCUAAGGUGUUAAGUGUUGGUGGAUCAAGUUUAAAAUGGUCAAAAUCCAUUGACAGACACUCAAAGAAAGCAAAUGAGGAAGCUACACUUGCAGUUGCUGCAGUUGAGAAGAAGAAGAGAGAACAGAAAGGAUCCAAGGACAGAAAUCAUUCUUCACGUGAAAGGAUAUUUCGUGUUGGCUUGUGUCGUUAUAAAAUGGAUCCUUCAAGGCGGACACUUCAGAGGAUAUCAGAUGAUGAAUCAUCAUUUGCUGCUACAAUUCAUCCUGAUAAGGAUGCGAAAAGAUCCUACAUCCCCAGGAGAUUAGUGAUUGGCAAUAAUGAAUAUGUUCGGAUUGGGAAUGGUAACCAGCUUGUUAGAGAUCCAAAGAAACGAACAAGGAUAUUGGCAAGUGAGAAAGUUCGUUGGAGUUUGCACACUGCCAGGGUCCGGCUGGCUAAAAAGAGAAAGUAUUGUCAGUUCUUUACAAGAUUUGGGAGGUGCAACAAGGAUAAUGGGAGAUGUCACUUCAUUCAUGAUCCAUCCAAAAUUGCAGUUUGUACAAAGUUUUUGAAUGGUUUAUGUUCCAAUGCCAACUGCAAAUUGACCCACAAGGUUAUUCCAGAAAGAAUGCCAGAUUGCUCCUACUUUUUGCAAGGUUUAUGCACCAAUAAACACUGUCCUUACCGACAUGUAAAUGUGAAUCCAAAGGCAUCGACUUGUGAAGGAUUUCUCAGAGGAUAUUGUGCUGAUGGUAAUGAGUGCCGGAAGAAGCAUAGCUACAUCUGCCCCAGUUUUGAAGCUACAGGAACCUGUCCUCAAGAAUCCAAAUGCAAGCUCCAUCACCCCAAAAACCGAAUGCAGGAAAAGAAAAGGAAACGAUCAAGAGAAGUGAGAAAUGAUAGAGGGCGGUACUUUCGCUCUCCAGAUCCCCUGGUUUCCGAGUCCAGAAAAGUGGGGUUUGAGAAGAGCUUUCCACAAGAUUACAAUAACAUCAUCGCUAAUGAAAAUUUAACUGAUUUUAUUGCCAUGGAUGUUCCUGAUGACGAUGCUGGAGAAAGCAAUGAUCCAUCAAGCGAGCAAACAACAUUUUGUGAUAGUGAUACCUCAGACUUACAACUAGAUGAUUUUGAAGAGUUACUAAUAAAACCAUUUCGUUUAAUGGAUUCUGCUCUGGUUCUUGGCAGCUCUAGUGUGAACACACUAGGAGUUUAGUUUGUUGUAUGUAAAUGUUGUAAAUGUAGGCACAACUGUACACUUUAAGAGAGAAGAGAGUGUUUCUUUUUCUUUGUAUAGGUUUUUUUUCUUUCAUUUGUAUUAGGUUAGAAUGGAUAAAUUUCUGUAUGUUAUACUGGCAAUACAAGAAAGAGAAAUUUUAUAGUAUA